AUGAGCUCAAACCGCGUGAACAACCGUGAACAGAAGGACCGUCAAAAUGCUCGCGCAAGAAGAAAGUGUGCUCUAGAACAGGACCCAUUCAUUAACUCAGAUGCAUCGCACAUUGCACCCCGCGUUCAUAAGGCUGAAGUCCGAGCUGCGAAACUCAAGCGGAAGGCUAAAAUGGCCGCACGUGCGAAUGCGCCUCCCACUUCCCCUCCUCGUUCUCCUUUUCCUCCUGCUCCUCUUCUUCCUACGGAAACCUCCGGUAUCAGUACAUCUUCAAUCGAUGUUUCCCCCGUUCCGUCUACGUCGCCGUACACCGUGACGAAGAAAUAUCAUGUUUCGGUUUUGGCCGGUCUGCGUGACCAGAUAGAAAAUCAGACCGAGGAGCUCAACCGCUGCAAGCGGACUACCGAAGAAAUGAUGGGAGUGGAGAAGUGGAUGUGGGAGGAGAUUCAGCGAUUAAGAACGGAAAAGGAACAGGCAUUGGAAGUGUUAUUGAGGAUCCAGGAAGAGGCCAUUCAGGAAGAGGGCUGGGAUGGUGCAGAGCACGACCUGAAAACGGCCGCCCAUAUGAUCGAGCAGCAUCUCAAAAACGUCAAGACCUCGCGUAACCAUGAGAGGCUGGAACGGCAACGAAGCGACGAAAAGCUACUCGAGGAGAGAGAGUCUAGGUCUAGGGACAUGAUAAACAUCCAGAGGGAGUGUCAGGAACCCUUCGUUGUUCCGGCGUUGCUUCAGGCGUUUUUGAAGGUCUCGACGAUGACGGACGCAGUCCUCGAAUCAUGA